AAUAAUUCGACGCAAGUAUAUGAAAUAUUUUCAAUAACGUCCAAUAUAUAUUUUUAUUUUGUUCUCCAAGAUAAAACUUGAAAAAUAAUUAAGUAAGAAUAAUGACAAUCGAUUUGUAUUAUUUGCCGCCAAGUCCACCCUCACGUGCGGUUAUAUUGUUAGCCAAAGCACUUGGUAUUCAUUUAAAUUUAAAAGUUAUUGAUGUUUCUAAAGGCGAGCAACUUAGCCCAGAAUUUAUUAAGAUAAAUCCACAGCAUACUCUUCCCACAAUUGAUGACAAUGGAUUUAUAUUAACUGAAAGCCGUGCAAUUAUGGGUUACCUCGUGGACAAAUACGCUAAGAAUGAUUCUCUGUAUCCAAAGGAUCCCAAACAGAAAGGAAUUGUCGACGAGAGAUUAUACUUUGACUUAACGAGGCUCUACUAUAAUAUUUUUAACGCUUAUAUUUUUGUCACUUUUGGAAUGUCAAAGGUCGUAGACGAAGACAAAGUAAAGCAAAUAGAGCGUGCUUUUGAAAUGUUAAACAUUUAUUUAGGAACAAGUGAGUUUGUUGCCGGCGAAAAUUUAACAAUCGCUGAUUUCUCGAUUGUCAUAAGCGUUGACCUUGCCGAGAUAUUUGGGUUUGACAUAACAGCUUACGAUAAUGUAGUCUCCUGGUACGAGCGUUGCAAAGAAGCUCUUGAAAAAUACGAAUACGAACAAGUUAAUGCUCCGGCUCAAUUACUAGGCGAGUGGUUUCAAGCCAAUUUGGAAGCUGUUUAACUUCCUUUUAAUUUCCCACUCUGUACUCAAUUUUACUCACUACUACCAACACUACCAACACUCCCAUACAACUAUU